UUUCGUGCCCAUAGUGACAAGUUAACGGGGGAUAACUUCGAGACCAAUUGAAAACGUCUCCCCUGCGGCUGGGUCAGUCCCAGGAGGGCGUAGAAAGCAAGCCGUGCGCUUCCCGUAUUCUGCAACGCCGCUGCACGUUUUCCUAUUGCGUAGCCCUGUGCCGGGACAGGGCGCAAAGCAGUCUUCUCUACGGCCGCAAUCAUGAUAUUGCAAGACUGUGCAGUUCCGGGCUCCGGCUCGCCUCCUUAGCAACCUGUGAGUUACCCCACCUGUCAGGUUUGUUGAGCUGAGAACCUGCUAGGAGUCCGGCGGAGUUCACAUAGUUUGCAACUCCUGGACGGGCCCUUCAUCUACAUAAUGCCGGGAGCAGAGAAGGUCUUAUCAGAGGAACUGCGGGGUGUGUGUUGCUUUUGACGCACCUGCCGUGAUUCGCCGGAAGUUUCGCCUCGGGGGUAGAGAGAGGGAGAGAGAGUGAAGGUCUGGUAUGUUCAGCAGGAAAGGAAUCCCAGACACAGGAAUCCGGCUGGACCAGACUGGGCAAACCCGAGGGAGAUAAGCACUCGAGGUCCGUUCAUUGCAGCGCAGAGACUCGGAGCCUGGGAGAGACGCGCACAGGACUGACUUGGUCUGCCCAGACAACUCGCCGAACUGUCCCGAGGGGGGUUUGCACAGGAGAGACUGCGGGCACCGCGGCGGGUGAUGACCCGUGAAAAAGAGCUGAGCAUCCGCUAAAUUUAUAGGUUGUCAGAUUUGCUUUAACGCCCCCUCACAGACACACACACAAACAAACAAAGCAGCGUCUAAUCCGGAGAGUCUGUCGCCUCCAAGAUCAGGAAUGGCGAGCGGUUCGGCGGUGGUCCCGGACGACUCGGUUUUCUCCGACUUCAGACGGCAGUGCCAGUCUAAAGAGAACUGGGUCAGCAAGUACCGCCACGGCGGGAUGGAGGUCUGGGUCGAGGUGGCCCCGGUGCCGGCGGCGCAGGACAGGGGGAAGAACCACGUGUCUAAAGUGCACAAGAUCAAGUGCAAGAUGACCAUCAACGACGUGUCGGCGGCCACCAUGUACGACGUUCUGCACGACGGCGCAUACCGCAAGAAAUGGGACCCCACCGUGCUGGAGAGCUACGAUAUCGCCCGCAUCACGGACAACGCCGAUGUGGGGUACUACUCUUGGAUCUGUCCAAAGCCGCUGAAGAACAGAGAUGUGGUGACCCUGAGGGCCUGGCAGGUGAAGGACAACGCAUACAUGAUCAUCAACUACUCCGUCAAGCACCCGAAAUACCCCCCCCGUAAGGACCUGGUGAGGGCGAUCUCCAUCCUGACGGGGUACCUGCUGGAGCCGACUGGGCCCGACAGCUGCACCUUCACCUACCUGUCGCAGGCCGACCCUAAAGGUUCUCUUCCGAAGUGGGUGGUGAACAAGGCCUCGCAGUACCUGGCUCCGAAGGUGCUGAAGUGCGUGCACAAGGCCGGCCAGCAGUAUCCCGAGUGGAAGAAGCACAACUCCCCGGACAAGAAGCCCUGGUACCACCCCGAACAGAGCACCCUGCCCUCAAUGGAGGCGUCGGAGCUGGCUAUCCAGCGCGGAGAGUCCCUGGAGAACGUGGACGAGAGCGGGGUGAGGGAGAGCCGGGAGAACGAGGAGGCGGAGGACAGCAGCUGAGACGCCCGCUCUCAUCGGCUCCGCAGCUCUGCAGUUCAUCCGUCAGAGCCACCAGGAAAGGGACACGAUUCCUGGGAGAGCGCGGGGGCGUCGGACCCUUUCUAAACCUCUUUCACCCGUCUGGCCUUGUUCGAUUUCAGAACAGGACAGCGGGAUUUAAAAAAACUGGGAAUGGGCAUUCAGUGCUUGCGUGGCAGACUUUACAAUUAGAGUGCGUCUGUAACGUUCGCCAGAAUCACUCACAAGGCAGAAAACCUGAAAAAUCAAACUUCCAGUCCCCUUCCUGGUAUUUUAAAAUAGUUGGUCAUGUUAAAUUGAGCUUUUUGUCUUUUUCAGAUGUCAUGAGCACCAUUUCCUUUUCUGUACAAAUCUGUGAUUUAGGAACUGUAUGGUAUUCGUCUCCCUUCCCCUUUUUGAUUCCUUUAAAAUGGUGCUAAUGCCAAACCUGACAAUGAGAAAAUGACAAAUACGAAAACCUGUAUUCUCUUCUUUAAGUGUUCUAGAGCAGGGCUGAGCGACCUGAUCCCUGGUUUUAUUCCAUCUCUGAUAUUCAGUUGCUUGUUUGCAUUAAGUAUGAAAUAAGUAGCUGCAUCACCUGUUGCUUUUACAGGGAAGAACAGUGACAAACGAGAUGCCAUUCAGUCCAACUGGCCCAUUUGGUUACUUCAUUGCUAAUUGAUCACAGGUUUUCAUGCAGCAGCUUCUUGUAAGAAGUCGGGGGAUCAGCUGAAGCAGCUGCGCAGCUUGUUCCAUACUCCCACAACCCUUUGGGUAAAGAAACGCCUCCUGUUCUCAGUUUUAAAUGCACACAGUAGUUUCUACAGUAUAUGGGAAAAACCUUUUAAUCUAUAUGUGUAAAACCUACAGCGCACUUACCUAUAAGAAUGGGUGGGUUUCUCAUCCCUGGUUUAAAGUAUUUUUUGUGGCCAAAGGUUAUGCACUGGUGGUCAUUUAUUUUAAUUAAUAAGCUGCUUUUAAAGAAUCCAUCCAUGGCGUGAGGCUGAGGCCUGGCCCUAGUUCUCUAUUGCUGGGGAAGCCCAAUCAUUUUACUUUUCCAUCCACUGUGAGCAGAGCAGAAAUGGAGCGAAGUUGUUCCCAGGGAGAUUCCGUGCCAUCUCCUCUCUGCCUCAUUUUUAGAAGAGUUUUGGCUUGUCUGCUGAGCCAUGUAACAAGCAAUCCUGCAGCAGGCCUGCCUCUGCUCGGGAUUUGUGUUUCACAACAUUUAAACAGGACGUGGCACUUCUGGCUGCAGAACUGUGAUACCCUGUCUGACAACGGGUUAGCAACAAAUCGGAUCCAUUUUUCCUCCCAGCAUGACGAUGGGGUAUCCUUUUUUUCUGAAUCCAGUUGCAGAGGUUGCACAGUUAUGUUUUUUUGAGGGAGAGACGUGAUCGGUCGUAACGCAAAGUGGAGGAUUAACACUCUCUUUUCUCUUGAAUCUCCGGCGGCGCACAGAAGUCUUAAGGUUUAACAAACUGAAACAUCGCAGGUCAUUUGGAGACUCUUGCUGAAAAGAGGCCUGGUAACAGACCUGAGCAUUGUUGUCAAACAACCUGCAAGCUGUUGCUAAAGGUUCGAGUGACUGCUGGGCCUCUGGGCCUGCUUGUGCAAUGCUAUCCUAUACCCUCGGUGAGGUGCAGGUGUCUGGUUACAGAGCGCUGCCCCUGCCUUGCAGCCCUGUCCUUCACCGAAACUCUCCGCUGGAAGGAAUGCAGCCCGGCGACUUUCAGACCAAAUCACACAAGCGCCAAGGUGCCUCUCCUUUCUGAAGUGCCUAGCCUUUUCUUUUUGUUAUUGUAUCUUUAUUUUCAAAGAGAAGAACGUUUAGGUCAUAUUUAAUUUAAGAGAGAGUGUUUUCUAUAAUUGAGGUAGCGGAACAGUGGGUUGUUUUUUUCCGCUAGUUAUGAGAAUCCAUUAAAUAAAUAUUUCCGUUUAUUUCUUCUGGAA